AUGGAUAUUAUUUUUCAAUUGGAAACUACUGAAAUUUUUCAAAAAGAAUCACAAGAAGUAUUAUCAAGCUUAUACUACACAAGAAAUGAAAGCAACACACAAUUAGGACAAAAUGUCUAUGAAAAAGCUAAACAAGAGCUUCAAACAAUUAUAUCCCACUGUGAUUUUGACAUUCAGAAUGUAAUCAAGCUUUUUAACAACAAAGGGUGGGAUCAAAAGAGGGUACUCUACUUUACUGCUUUAAUUGAAAAAUAUUGGUCCGAUCUCAUUAACGCAGCACUUAAUCAUUAUAGCAGUAAUUAUGGUGAAACUGUAACCAAUUUUAAUUGGCUUGUCAAGUUUAUUUUUGGAACAAGUGAGUUGAAAACAUUGAGGUAUCCAUUACUACAAUUACUAGUGACCACAAUUAAUAAAACUGGUCAGAAUAGAAUUACAUAUGAUAUUAAUAAAGAUAUGUUACUGAAGAUGAUAAAUGUUUUAGAAAAUAUAAGUUGA